AUGGUCCUCAGUUGCGGCAGGGAGGACUCGAUGUUGUGUGGCUUCCGGCCACUGGAGCACCUGCGAGCGGCCACAGUCAGUCGAUUUGGCCAGGUCUGGGUGGGGCCCAGUGGGAUCAUCGCUUGUGCCGCAGAGAUGGCCGGAACCACGCGGAAGGCCCGCCUGGAGCAGAAACAUCUCAAGCUCCUGCAGCACGAGGAGUGGCUCCGGGCUGAGAAGCAAAAGUGGAGCGAUGCCGGGCAUCUUUUUGAUGAGCCCCUGCGUCGGGCCCGUCGCUUGCGGUUAAUGUAUGAGGAGAAGAUGCAGUUCACGUUCCCGUAG